AUGAAUAAUAAUCCCAAACCUUCAAACCACCAUCCAGAGAGCAUCAUAUCCGUGAAGUGUUCUUGUGUACACUGUGAUUCCAAUUCUUGUUUCGCAAAAAGAAGUAAGUAUCAUUGUGCAUUUCAAAAUUGCAAUGAUUCAAAACUUAGUCACCCCGAAAACGGCAACAGAGAACUUGGAAAGAAACGUUGUGAUGACAUAAAUGCAGUCUAUCUAAAUCCAGCGAAGCCUAUGGUUAAUAAAGAACUCGAGGAAUUAACUGAUGAUGAAGUUAAUUAUGAAUCAGAAAGAAAAAUAUUAAUAGAGAUGAAUCAACCGUCGCCGCAUUCUUUAGACGAAUACUUAGAUCGCUUAUUAUGUGUAGAUAAAGCCUCAUCUAAAUUCAAGCAAAAACCGCCAUCGUUAAGUGGAUAUAUAGAAAUUAUAUCAGAAAAUGCUGCGUACAAACGAAAGCUUAAUUUGUUUAACGAAUAUGUAGAUAAUUUGAAAGCAGGGAAAUAUUCGAAAGGAUGUGAUGACGUAACUUGUUUUGCAGCUAUUCAGAAUUCAUUACGUCCACAGCAAUGGUAUAAUAGACUCUCAGAAAUAUCGGGUCAGCCUAAAACAACAACAACAAAGUGUAAAGGUAGAACAUUCCACAAUUGUUUAGAUAAAGAAAAACCAAGUGCUCAACAUGUUACUCAAAUUCAAAAUACAACAAUUUCAAAUCCCAAAAUGAAUUAUAAGUCUUCGAAGUCAAACACCGAAGCGCCUAACGUUUUUUGUGGAAAUUGUAACGAUUCUAGUAAAACACCCGCAUCCAAUGAUAAUACUUAUUUUAAGUAUGAUAUUUUAAAAAAAUUGAAAGAUGCAUGCAUAGCGUGCAGUUGUAAAGUAUGCGAGUGUAUUGCUCCAAAAUCGAUUACUAAUGAAAUAUGUAAAUGUAAACCUUGUCAAUGUGCAGAAUGCACGGGUUACGCUGCAACACAGUCAAUUUACCGGGGCCCCCAACUGUCUCCUACAUUAAGUUGCAGUUGCAGUGAAUUUAGUAACCAAAGUGCAAUAAAGAUACAGGAUAAAUGCUCUUGUUCACCGUGCGAGUGCAAAAUGUGUAACAUCAAUAAUUCAGCUAAAUAUACUGAUAUGCGAAAGCCGCCACUAGCGCAUCAACCUUUGGUGGUAGCGUCUGUAUCAGGUGUUGCAUGUACCUGUUUACCAUCUAACUGCAGUGAAUGUUUGCGAAGUUAUACGGACGUACAAAAGUUUACCGAUGAAAAAUACAAAUGUUUAGACAGAAGUAUAACUAAUUGUAACCAACCAGAAGAGACAAUAAGUGAAAUUUACCGUCAUUCAAAUAGCAAAAACAAAAAUAUUAAACAGAAUUUUGUGGCCUUGUGUACUGGUAUGCCUCGAUUGAAUACGUAUCGUGGCUACGAAACCAAACGUUCUAAGACUUGUGUUUGCAAAGAAUGUGAAUGCAUAACAUGUAUUUGUAAAGAAAACACUAUAAAUACUAUAAAGUCAUCAGGAUUAUUUCCAAAAAUUGAUGAGGAUACCCAUUUAUUAAAAUCAAAUAGCGGCAACAAUCAUUACCACGGGAAAAGGCCUUACAAGGUCUGUAAGAGCUGUUCUCGAAAAAGGGAUCUGCUUGAUCGUUCUACUGAUAAAUGGGGAAAACACGCUCCUUGUCAUACCUUUGAUCAGUGCAUUCGUUUGAGUGAUGAAUCAAGUAACCCAAAAAGUCACUUAAAUCGCUGUCGAUGCACUAACUGUCGGUGUGAGCGCUGCAUUGCUCACAGGUUUGUUUCUAACUAUUCUAGUACAGUUGGCGUUGGUCCAAUCAAAAAAGGUGACGUAUUAAGUCCCUCAGCGCACCAGACCAAACUGGAAAAUCUAAAGGUAGAAGGAAAGGCGACAUCUACGCCUUCAUAUAAUAAAUAUGAAUCACGUUACAGAGACGUAAAUUUAUAUAUUAAUUCUCAGACGGAAAAUAUAUGUCCUAAAGAUGUUACGUCCCAGCCAUCAGUUAGUCGGCAAGCAAAGCGCGAUACGGGAACAAUGUUAUCAAAAUCCUUUAAUAGAUUGAAUAUAUUGCAAUGUGAUGCGUAUGUUCAUAGUCAAGCAUUUAAUUUACCAAAACCUGUACUAAAAAAUAGUUUCACGACGUCUAGAAGUCGUAGUAGCAUUUACUCAAUUACUAGACCGCCAUCUCAAGUAAAUAAUAACGGGAAGCCUGAGUCGGCAAAUACUCAGAAAUCUUUAAGAAGGUCCUAUCAUAGAUCCGGUCACGAGAACAAUAAACUAGGCGUAAAUAAUAUGUUCUCAGAAAAACAAGAAGAUAAACAAUCUCCUUUUAAUAUUCUGGCAGAAGUCACUUUUUCAAAAGUGAAUGAAAAUGAAAGUAAAAACGGUUCAUAUUCUAAUGGGCAAGUAUUAAAAGGCGACAUAGGAAAAUAUAAAACUAAUAAUUGUGUUUUACAACGUGCUAACAAUAUUAUCACAGAAAUCACAUCAACAAAUAAAACAAGUAAAAGCGAGAAUAAAGUUUGCUCUCCUAAUGGACAAGCUCAAGGAAAGGAGUCGAACAAAAUAGAAAAAUCAAAUAAUGAAAUUGUGUCGAACAAUAAUCAACCUGUGAAAAGCUUUUCCACCUCCGCGAUAACGACACUUGAGAAAUUAAUUGCUUUAAGCUCUGAACAGAUAAAAAACAAAAGCAGUAAGUCAUCAGUUAAUAAUGGCAAUAACUUUAAUUGUUUCCGUGUGCUACAGAAUUCGAAACAAUGUAGUUUGAUUAGCAAUAUCAACCACUAUAACUCACCAAGAGUAAAAUUACGUGACUUGUCGACAAAUAGUAAUUUAUUGGCCAUAAAAAAGGAAAAUGAAAAGGCUCGUCAAACUAUAGAAGAUGCAAAGAAGUUUACUUUACACCUACUAGGCUUGUUAGAAAUGUAUGAAAAAGCAAAUAAUGAAUUUGUAAAAACCUCUGAUAAACUUAAAAUUGCCUAUAGAUCUAUAUUAGAUCGAAACUUGGUCCACAAUGAAGAGAAAAAUAUCAAAACUACAGAAAAUUAUAAUGUAAUUAUAGAAAGUAAAUCAGAAUCGCCAUUGAAUGAAUACGCAACUCCAACUUUGAAUAUAAAUGUGUGCUCAAAAUAUGAGCCGGUAUCAUUUGAAGAUAUCAUUGCAAAACGUUUAAAUUAUUGUAUGAAAACUUCACCACAGCCAGAAUUAGGUCAUAUGAAUGGGCUUACAUCGAAUAUAGAUUCGGUAGUAAUGGAGACUGUAAGUAAAAAUGCAAACAGUGAAGAAGAUGCACAUAAAAACUACGAAAGAAUUUGCUACGCUGAAGUGCAAAAUGGUCAUAAUAAAAGGUAUUUUAAGCACAAAAUUAACCCUGAAUAUGACAAAAACCUGCAUUUUAAUACAAGCAAAAUACUAACAGAAAUCACACGGUACGCAGAUUUAAAACCAGACGAAUUUGAGUCAUUUAUUGAGAGUGUUGAGCAUCUGUCCAUAUCCACUUCUACAGAUACAACAAAACAAUAUAUAAUUAAUCCUAAGACGAAAGAGGAAGAAGAAACAACAAGUCCAGUAUGUAGAAAGAGUUUUGGAUUUACGGCUAAACCGAAUAUUAUAAGUAAGGGAGCAGGCAUAAGUGGAGUUUCAUCGAUAGAAGUUGAUACAAAGGGGACGAUGCUGUCAAUAUCACUUCAUAAUAAUACUACAAAUACGAUAAAAAUUGAAAAAAGUCACAAAAAUGAAGCUUUGAGUCAAUUACAGUUAGAAGUAAGAAAACACUUGGAGCUGGCAAUCUUAGAACCUUUAAACUACGCAGAUGACUCUGAAGAUAGCUUGCUAGAAUCACGAAGUCUCUUUGAUGAGAGUAUAUUGAAUUUGAAAAUUAUGGAACGACCAAGAGAAAACAAAUCAAUAAAUGAACAGCCUGAACAAGCCGAUAAAGAAGUAUGGUGCAGUGACCAGAAUUUAUUGGACGACUUUAAGAGACAAAUCAGAGAACAGCUGAAAGUAGCCAGCAUGCACCCACUCAUGAAUAAACAGAGCAGUCUUUUCUCUUACAGCUGCAAAAGUGAAUGUGAAGACCUGAAAGCAAAGUUUCUGGUUGUGAGAAAAAUAUCAGAGCACACUGUAUUAAUUGAAUGGAGCCAACCUCAUGGACUUAGCGUGCAAGGAUACGAAUUACUAGUGGACGGGAGGACGGUUCAGACAAUAAUGAACCCUUCAAAAUGUAUGACGGCCAUAACUUGUUUGCCACACGCUGACAAGAUACUCCUCACGAUUCGUACCAUCACGUUUGUUAUGCCUGAAGUUGGCCAUUAUCCGACUAACACUACUAUUUAUCGGCCGCACCAACAAAUGGAAGAAUUUAAAUAUUGUAGAGUAUGUUUGGUGACUGACGUAAAGAUGCACAGUCUGGACAUAGUUUCAAAUGAAUCGAUAGGACUCAUUUAUUCUCAUUUGGCACAGAUUCGGAUCUGUGAUAGAAAUCAACAUGUAUGUUUUGAAUGUGCCAGUUUACUGCAGAAAUAUCAGUUAUUUAAAUCAAAGUGCAUCAGGGCUCACAAUAUACUAUCAAAUAUUACAGUUAAUUCAACAGAGAUAACAAAACAAGUAAUUCUGAACAUAGACAGGAAAGAAAACAAAUUGGAAUCUUGUUACACAUUAUCUACAAUAAAAACAUGUUACGAUAUCCCUUUGGAAUAUUCAAAAAAUGAAGUCACUGAAACAGAUAAAAUAUCUUUAAAUAAACAUCAAGAAAUUAAUAUUGCAGAAGUUGAUAUUAAACCUGAAUUCAAAGACUUAUAUGAUAGUAGCAAUCCAACUUCUCAUAUGUUAACUGAAGAUGACUGCAUUGAGUCUGAAAAAGUAAUUUCAUCAUUAAAAAAAUUAACACACACUACAAAAGAUCCUAAAAUAAGAAAAGCAAAAAUAAAAAACGAAGCAUUUGUUCCUGAUAAAGAAGAAAAAUGUGAUCCUUACGAAUCUCUUGAUGAGGUAAACGACAAUGAUCUGAUAGAAUCGUCUGAAGAGAUUAAAACAUCAUCGCAAAAACCUCAAGAAUCAAAGAAUAAAAAACAAAAAUACACAAAAGAAAGCAGUGAUGAUGAUCUUAGUGAUAAUGAACCGUUAUCUAAAAGAGUAACUAAAGACGUGAGCGAUAUACGAAAUCCUGUUAAUAAGAAAAACAAUAUAGAACCUGAUUCGUUUAAUGACUACACCACGGUUAAGUUCCUUACACUUGAAGACGCCAAAAAAGAGUUACUUUCACGAAAAGAAUCUAGUAAUUACAAAAGGUCGCCGUUUAAAUGUGAAUACUGCUUUAAAGGGUAUGAAGCACAAACAGCUUUUGACAAUCAUAUGAAAAAACAUAGCAGAGAACAUGGCGACUAUGAAUGUGAAGUAUGCUACCUCCGAUUUCUAAAACCCAUAUACUUAUGUAAACACAAGUUGUCAUGUCACAAAAGAAAAUUUAUUUGCAAGCUAUGCCCAUACAUAUGUUAUUGCAUGGAUCAGGCUAGAACUCACGUCAGUCUUCACCAAGGAAAAAAAUAUCCGUGUAAAGAUUGUGGAGAAAUAUUCAGUAUGCCGAAUAGUUUACUAAUGCACAAACGCAUGAAGCACUUUGACGCGUCGGUGCCGGAGAACGUGUGUGAGUUUUGUGGGAACAUUUUCGGUUCUGCUCGAGGACUAUUUCUGCACAACAUGAAGUUGCAUCGGACGGACAAGAACAACAAAGAAGGCCCUAAUUGCGAAGAGUGUAGCGUUCAUUUUUCAUCAGAUGUCGCGUGGAAGAGACAUCUAGUGCUGUCCACCAAACACAUAGUGAUUAACGGGUGCAAGUAUUGUGGUGAGCGGUUCACUAACGUUGAGGAGUUGAAGUGUCACCAGCGAGCUCAUCACCCGCGCUUCAAGCAAAAGAAAUGUGACAAGAAACUACCAGCCGCUUGUCCUGUUUGCAAUAAGUGGUUAACAAAUCGCGUGGAAUACAAUAGGCACAUAGCAAGUGAACACCCUCAUUCGGACGAGGCGAAGAAAUUGAUCGAACAUGACCUCCCGUUCGUGUGUGAAGUGUGCGGACAAGCGUUUAAGCAACAGUGCUUCCUGACGUACCACCAGCGCAAGCACACGGGCGAGCGUCCGUACGCGUGCGGCGCGUGCGCCAAGGCGUUCCCGACGGCCGGCGCGCUCCACGUGCACCGCGCCGUGCACGCGCGCGCGCGGCCCCACGCCUGCCACCUCUGCCACCGACUCUUCUCCUUCAAGAGCGCGCUCAACAAGCACUUGAAAGUGCACCUCGGUAUUCGUCCCCACAAGUGUACAAUUUGCGACAAAGGUUUCAUUCACAAGUGCGACUUGAAGCUCCACAUCAAGUACGUCCACGACAAAGUACCUUGGCCGAAGAAGAAAAGCAAGCGAAAGGCAACAGACGAUAAUGCGACCUAUUUAGACUACAAUUAA